CGAUUUUACCCUUCACACUUAUUACUUAGUACCACUUUUAAAAUCUAUAACUAGCGUUAAACCUCAACGUAAAUACCAUAUUACUUUAACGGCUUCUUCAGUGACAAUGCAUUAUAGGACUUAAAUCAGCAAUAACUCCAAUAAAAUGCCCGAUGAAGUGGAAUUGGAUACCGAAAUUAUGCGAACGCUUAAUCGGCUGCGAAUGACGGGAAAGUACUGCGAUGUCGUCUUGGCCACCGAAGAUGGAGGAAUGUUCCGCGUUCAUAAGGCCGCCAUGUGUUGGUGCAGCUCAUACUUCAGAACCGUCUUCACAACAUCACUGGCAGACCUAACUAGUGGAGACAAAUCCAAAACUAGAAAUUUCAUCCUUAUACCUAACGUUUCGGCUUCGAUAUUAGAAACUAUUAUACACUAUGCAUACAGUGGGAAGACAUUGGUUAAUGAAGAUAAUGUAAAUGAACUUCUACCUGCGGCAGAUCAAUUCGAUGUGGAAGGCAUGGUGGACUAUUGCACGAAGUUCUUGCUGAAGAGCUUGUCAGCAGAGAAUUGCUUAGGAAUAUGGAGAUUUGGCAAAGAUUAUUUCAUAAAGUCUUUAGAACAAGAAGCGUUCAGAUUUGUUUUGAACCACUUUCCUGCUGUAGUUGAAACAAGCGAAGAAUUUUUCGAGUUGUCAGACUCCUCUUUGAAAUGCAUCUUAAAAGAAGAUACACUAAAUACGAAGAAAGAACUGCCCGUAUGGAAAUCAAUUCGGAGAUGGUGCGAUUAUAAGUUAACAGAGCGUUUGCCUUACAUUCCUACUCUCUUACAAUGCGUAAGACUGGCUGUAAUGCCCAUUAAGGAUUUUCAAGAAGUAAUAGAUGAUGAUAAAGUUAAAAACUACGAAUGCGGAGUUUUCACCUCUUUGGUCGCCAAAUAUAUAUUGGGAAAAGAAAUUAAGUUUCUAAGUGCUUCAGAAUUCCAGAAAGUGGAACCGCUGUUUAUUCCCAGACUCCCUCACGACGUCCUCUUUUGUCUGGGAGGAUGGAGUUUGAGUGGGCCAACUAACUUGCUGGAAGUGUACGACUGCCGCAUCGAUAACUGGAAACUUGUUGAACUAGAACAUUCUAUUUGGCCUCGCGUCUAUCACAAAUGCAUAUCUUAUGCGCAUUACAUUUAUGUGCUUGGAGGGAGUGAAGGAUUUUCUUGUUUGAAUACCUGUUUGCGUUUCGACACUCUAGCAAAGAAAUUUGAAGAAGUAUCUCCAAUGCAUGAACGAAGGUGUUAUCUAAGCGCAGUCCUUUUAUCUGACAAGAUAUAUGCAAUUGGAGGAUACAAUGGAGAUGACAGGCUAGGAACAGUAGAGGAGUACAACAUCCAACUUAAUCAGUGGCGUUAUGUUGCACCUAUGUAUGUAAAACGAAGCGAUGCCAGUGCGUGCUCGCUGAGACAACGCAUCAUCGUUGUAGGUGGAUUCAAUGGCGUGGAUCCUCUGAGGUCGGUGGAGGUCUACUAUUCAGUUUUCAACCAGUGGUACUUACUGCAGGAGAUGAACACUUGUCGUUCUGGGGUAGGUAGCGUAAUACUCGGCAACUGUAUUUACGCCAUCGGAGGUUUUGACGGCAAUCAAAGAGAGCGAUCUGUGGAAAAAUAUGACUUCGAGAAUAAACAGUGGUCUGCGAUUAAGCCCAUGUCAAGACCAAGGAGCAACUUUGCAGUGGAGGUUCUAGAAGGUAAAAUAUAUGUGAUAGGUGGUUACGACGAUGUUGCCGAGUUGCCGACUCAAGAAUGUGAAUGCUUCGACCCGUCCAUUCAACGAUGGCAGAGGACUGCUCCUUUAAGUAUCGGACGAUCUGGAUUGAGUGUCUGCAUCCAAUCCGGACUAAGGAACAUUGAAGAUUACAUUGUGGAUAAAAUAACCCGUUGCCGCUUAAAGGAUCCUAUAAUAAUCAACCAUGAAAAAGAAUAGUUUUCAUUAUUACAAAAAAAAAAAAAAAAAUUAAAUAAAGUACCUGUAAAUGACA